UCUUAUCUCGCUCUUUACCUGAACGAGUACAGUUUACCUGGCGUAUUUUGCUAUCAGACUGUGGUCUGGGGGACGGAAGUUUGAUUCUCUAAGCAGAACGGAAGUCUACUCAGCCUCAUGCCAACCCUGGGAUACUGGGAAAUCAGAGGGCUUGCCCAGCCUAUUCGAUUGUUACUGAAUUAUGCAGGGGAAGAAUUUGAAGACUUGCGAUACGAGCAAGGAGACGCUCCAGACUUCAGCAGGCAAUCUUGGUAUUCUGUGAAACACACACUGGGGCUGGCUUUCCCAAAUCUGCCUUACUACAUUGAUGGUGAUAUCAAAAUGACCCAAAGCAAUACCAUCCUUAGGUACAUUGGAGAUAAACAUGGCCUUUUGGGUAAAACUGCCCAGGAGAAAGUGGACUGCGACAUGAUGAUAGAGAACGCCAUGGACUUCCGGAAUGGGGUGGUUACAUUGUGUUAUAACAAGGACUACGAAAAACUCAAAGGUGAUUACUUCAACAAUGUCAAGGACAAAUUAAGGCAGUUUGACACAUUCCUAGGAAGUAAACCUUGGUUUGCCGGAGAAAAUAUCACCGUCUGUGACUUUCCCAUGUACGAGAUGUUAGACCAACACAAACUGAUGAAGCGUGGAAUCCUAGAUGACUACCCAAACCUCGUGAAGUUUACGGAGAGAUUUGAGAGUCUUCCUAAAAUCAAGGCCUACAUGGCCUCAGAUAAAUUCAUGAUGAGACCGGUGAACAGUAAAAACGCAGCAUUCAAAUGACUUGUUUUCUGUUUUCAUGUACAACGCAAAAUUCUGUGUAGUUACUGAUUGUAUAGACAAAUGCAUAUAUAUGUUCUUUGAAAUCAAAACAGUUUCUUUUCCUAAUUAUCAAAAUACCAUACGACCAUGAUCAUUAUUUCCAAUAUAGUGUCGUAUAAUAAACAGAAUCCUGCGUC